UCUUUUAAUCCUCCCUUUCUUAUCAUUGUAGGCCCGAUGAGAGAAAGGGAAAGUUAAGGAUGCUGGAGCAGAACAAUGGAUUUCUCCUUCUCUUUCAUGCAAGGGAUCAUGGGAAACACAAUUCAGCAACCACCUCAACUCAUUGACUCCGCCAACAUCCGUCAGGAGGAUGCCUUUGAUAACAACAGUGACAUUGUUGAAGAUGGUGGCCAGACACCGUAUGAAGCUACCUUGCAGCAAGGCUUUCCGUACCCACCUACAACAGACGAUCUUCCUCCACUCACAAAUGGCUACCCACCAUCAAUCAGUGUGUAUGAAACUCAGACCAAAUACCAGCCCUAUAAUCAGUAUCCCAAUGGGUCAGCCAAUGGCUUUGGUGCAGUUAGAAACUUUAGCCCCACUGACUAUUACCAUUCAGAAAUUCCAAACACACGACCACACGAAAUUCUGGAAAAACCUUCCCCUCCACAGCCACCACCUCCACCUUCGGUACCACAAACUGUGAUUCCAAAGAAGACUGGCUCACCUGAAAUUAAACUAAAAAUAACCAAAACUAUUCAGAAUGGCAGGGAAUUGUUUGAGUCUUCCCUCUGUGGAGACCUUUUAAAUGAAGUACAGGCAAGUGAGCACACAAAGUCAAAGCAUGAAAGCAGAAAAGAAAAGAGGAAAAAAAGCAACAAGCAUGACUCAUCUCGAUCUGAAGAGCGCAAGUCACACAAAAUCCCCAAAUUAGAACCAGAGGAACAAAAUAGACCAAAUGAGAGGGUUGACAGUGCAUCAGAAAAACCCAGAGAGGAGCCAGUACUGAAAGAAGAAGCGCCAGUUCCGCCGAUCCUGUCUUCUGCUCCAACGCCAGAAGUAUCCCCUGGUGUGAAAUUCCAGGUUGGCGAUCUGGUUUGGUCCAAGGUGGGGACCUACCCUUGGUGGCCUUGCAUGGUGUCCAGUGAUCCCCAGCUUGAGGUUCAUACCAAAAUUAACACAAGAGGUGCCCGGGAAUAUCACGUCCAAUUUUUUAGCAACCAGCCAGAGAGGGCUUGGGUUCAUGAAAAGCGGGUACGGGAAUAUAAAGGUCAUAAACAGUAUGAAGAAUUACUGAAUGAAGCAACCAAAAAAGCCAGCAAUCACUCUGAGAAGCAAAAGAUUCGGAAACCCCGGCCCCAGAGAGAACGUGCCCAGUGGGACAUCGGUAUUGCUCACGCCGAGAAAGCAUUGAAGAUGACUCGAGAAGAAAGAAUAGAACAGUAUACUUUCAUCUAUAUCGAUAAACAACCCGAAGAGGCGCUAGCCCAAGCGAAAAAGAGUGCCACCUCCAAAGCCGAAGUGAAAAAGCCCCGAAGACCAAGAUCCGUGCUGAACACGCAGCCAGAACAGACCAAUGCCGGGGAGGUGGCCUCCUCACAACCAAGUACUGAAAUGCGGAGGCACAGCCAGAGGCGGCACACCAGCGUGGAAGAGGACGAGCCUCCGCCUGUGAAAAUCGCCUGGAAAACCGCGGCCGCGCGGAAAUCCUUACCAGCUUCCAUUACGAUGCACAGAGGGAGCCUGGACCUGCAGAAGUGCAACAUGUCCCCAGUCGUGAAGAUCGAGCAAGUGUUCGCACUGCAGAAUGCAGCGGGGGACGGCAAGUUUAUCGACCAGUUUGUCUAUUCGACGAAGGGAAUUGGUAACAAAACAGAAAUCAGUGUCAGGGGACAAGACAGGCUUAUAAUUUCUACAGCAAACCAGAGAAGUGAAAAGCCAAUGCAGAGUAUGUCAUCUCCUGAGGCAACGUCUGGCCCUGCAGGCUCGGUAGAAAAGAAACAACAGAGAAGAUCAAUUAGAACUCGUUCUGAAUCAGAGAAGUCCACGGAGGUUGUGCCAAAGAAGAAGAUCAAAAAGGAGCAGGUUGAAACAGUUCCUCAGGCUACAGUGAAGACUGGAUUACAGAAAGGUGCCAGCGAGAUUUCAGAUUCCUGUAAACCUCUAAAGAAAAGGAGUCGCGCCUCGACCGACGUGGAAAUGCCAAGCUCAGCUUACAGAGACACGUCCGACUCCGAUUCGCGAGGACUGAGUGAUAUGCAGGUAGGCUUUGGAAAGCAAGCAGAUAGCCCCUCGGCCACUGCAGACGCCGAUGUCUCUGACGUGCAGUCUGUGGAUUCGAGUUUGUCGAGAAGAGGUGUCGGACUGAGCAGGAAGGACACACUGUGCCAGGUCUGUGAGAGUGCGGGCGACUCUCUGCUUCCUUGUGAGGGAGACUGCUGCAGACACUUUCACCUGGAGUGCCUGGGACUAACCUCGCUUCCUGAUGGCAAGUUCACCUGCGUCGAGUGCCAAACCGGGCUGCACCCAUGUUUCUCGUGUAAGACGCCUGGUAAAGAUGUGAAGCGCUGUUCUGUCAGUGCGUGCGGGAAGUUUUACCAUGAGGCUUGUGUGCGCAAAUUCCCCACCGCUGUCUUUGAGUCAAAAGGGUUCCGCUGUCCCCAGCACUGCUGCUCUGCCUGCUCGAUGGAGAAAGACAUCCACAAAGCAAGUAAAGGCCGCAUGAUGAGGUGUCUGCGCUGUCCAGUGGCCUAUCACUCCGGGGACGCCUGCAUCGCCGCCGGCAGCGUCUUCCUGUCCUCCUACGUGCUCGUCUGUAGUAAUCACUCCAAACGGAGCAGCAAUUCUUCUUCUGCUGUAAAUGUAGGCUUUUGUUUCGUUUGUGCCAGAGGGCUGAUAGUUCAGGACCAUUCAGACCCCAUGUUCAGUUCAUAUGCCUAUAAGUCCCACUACCUACUGAACGAGUCAAAUCGUGCUGAGUUGAUGAAAUUACCUAUGAUUCCUUCUUCGUCAGCUUCCAAAAAGAAAUGUGAGAAAGGUGGCCGGUUGCUCUGCUGUGAAUCAUGCCCAGCGUCCUUCCACCCGGAAUGCCUAGGCAUAGAAAUGCCAGACGGCUGCUGGAACUGUAACGACUGCAGGGCUGGGAAGAAACUGCAUUACAAGCAGAUCGUGUGGGUCAAACUGGGCAAUUACAGGUGGUGGCCUGCAGAGAUCUGCAACCCCAGGUCUGUGCCCCUGAACAUCCAGGGCCUCAAACAUGACCUGGGGGACUUCCCCGUGUUCUUCUUCGGCUCUCACGACUACUACUGGGUCCACCAGGGCAGAGUGUUCCCUUACGUCGAAGGAGACAAAAGCUUUGCUGAGGGCCAGACUAGUAUUAACAAGACCUUCAAAAAAGCACUGGAAGAAGCUGCAAAGCGUUUCCAGGAACUGAAAGCACAAAGAGAAAGUAAAGAAGCGCUAGAGAUGGAGAAGCACUCGCGGAAACCCCCUCCUUACAAACACAUCAAAGCCAACAAGGUCAUCGGGAAGGUCCAGAUCCAGGUGGCCGACCUGGCCGAGAUCCCCCGCUGUAACUGCAAGCCUGCAGACGAGAACCCCUGCGGCCUGGAGUCCGAGUGCCUGAACAGGAUGCUGCAGUAUGAGUGCCACCCGCAGGUGUGCCCAGCCGGGGACCGCUGUCAGAACCAGUGCUUCACCAAAAGACUCUACCCUGACGCCGAGGUCAUCAAGACCGAGCGGCGAGGCUGGGGCCUCCGCACCAAGAGGAGCAUUAAGAAGGGCGAGUUCGUGAACGAGUACGUCGGCGAGUUGAUCGACGAAGAAGAGUGCCGGCUGCGAAUCCAGCGAGCCCACGAGAACAGUGUAACUAACUUUUAUAUGUUAACUGUUACCAAGGACCGCAUCAUCGACGCUGGCCCGAAGGGGAACUAUUCCCGCUUUAUGAACCACAGUUGUAACCCGAACUGUGAGACCCAGAAGUGGACAGUGAACGGGGACGUCCGAGUCGGACUUUUCGCUCUCUGCGACAUUCCUGCAGGGAUGGAGUUAACGUUCAAUUACAACCUGGACUGCCUGGGCAACGGCAGAACCGAGUGCCACUGUGGGGCAGAGAACUGCAGCGGCUUUCUGGGAGUGCGACCAAAGUCGGCAUGCGCAUCAACAGCAGAAGAGAAGGCCAGAAAUGCUAAGUUAAAACAGAAGAGACGGAAGGUCAAAGCGGAGCCCAAGCAGAUGCAUGAAGAUUUCUGUUUUCGAUGUGGCGAUGGUGGCGAGCUGGUCAUGUGUGACAAAAAAGACUGUCCCAAAGCAUACCACCUGCUAUGCCUUAACCUGCCGCAGCCCCCGUACGGGAAGUGGGAAUGCCCGUGGCACCAGUGCAGCGAGUGCGGCAGUGCGGCCACCGCCUUCUGCGAGUUCUGCCCCCGCUCGUUCUGCAAGGAGCAUGAGAAGGGCGCGCUGGUCCCCUCCGCGCUGGAAGGCCACCUCUGCUGCUCUGAGCACGACCCCGCCGCGCCCGUGUCAUCAGAGUACUGGAACAAGAUGAAGUGCAAGUGGGAGUCACAGGGUCGUGGGGAAGAAGGCAGAGAGUAAGCAGUGGCCCGCGCCCAUCCUGUCGAAGAGAGGAGGCCGCCCGCGACUGCGCCCGGGACAGGACUGCUCCAGCGCACCCAGCCUCUGCCGCCAGGCUGCCUUCAGGGCGGGCGGGAGCAGGCGGCACUGCCCGGGCCUUCGCUUCGUCCGGUGGCUGGGCGCUCUUUCGUGGAGGGCUAAGCUCCCUGGGUCUUUCCUUGCCCCUGAUCGUGCUUCAAUGCCUUUGCCGCCGGAAACAGAUGUCUUCGCUUUUAAAAUAAGAACGAAGGAAAAAGAAAGUUUUGUGAAUGAGAUGAAUUUAAAGUCUAAGACGUGUCCUUGGUUGUAUAAAGCAAA